AUGACACUCUGGCUUCUUCGGUGUAUCACAAUCGUCGCUAUCGUUUCCAUCGAUUCGAUCGGAGCUGACCUCUCUACCAGGGACCGUAUACGGAUUCACCGCGAAUGGCUCGAACGGCGGGCCGCAAAGCGAUCGAAUGUCAGCGCAACGAGCAUCCCGCACGGCGUGCAGCCGGAGACGACCCAACGGACGACCUACAUGCGAAAGUUAAUCAAAUUCAAAAACGAAAACGAACCGCUGUCAGAGAAUGACAUUUCGUUCGUGCCCCAUUUCGGCGAAGAAGCGGAAAUCGACCGCGGCAGUAAUGGGCUCGAUGGUGUCAAUAAUGGCUCCGUUCUGGGAUCCGUCGAUCCGACCGUGGCCAUCCAGCAACAGCAUAGCCCACGGAAUUUUCCACACCAUCCGCGCACCGAACCAGGUACGGCAUCUGAACCAGGUGAAAAAGAACUCCUAACCGGUGAUGGUGAACGCUACCGGUAUGACGUAGUCGCCGCUGCGCAAGACGUCGCCCGACCGGAAACGGAAGCCGGUGGCCACAAGGAGAAUCCGCACUUGGUCCGAGGCAGCGUUACGUCUGUGGCGGAAAGCGUCGACGCGAAACCGCUCGUGUACAUUAUGGCACCUCCCGGUGAGGACGCUGGGUUAGGUCCUGUACGGGUGGGCGAAUUUCCGGUGACGACAACCACCGGCCCAUCGGUUGGGGAGCCAGUCGAGCAAAUUAAUGCCGCGGUUGGGCCAAGCCACCGAAACCUGAACCGGAACCGGAACGAGGGCCUCGACGCCGCUGCUACCGAUGCAAAUACCGUGAAUAACGAUUUGUCGAGUGGCUCGCAUACACCGGCGACGGUAGCGACCGCGGACCGUAAAUCAGACACAACGACCGUUCUACAUCCGGGCCCAGCGAGGGAUACGGCCGCGGGUGCUACGCUUUUGGGCGGAAAUGCAGCGACAACCGGUGAGGUGCGUUCGAGUGCAGAGACAUCCGGUGCGGCUGGUGAGCACGAGCUGGUGGAGCACGAAUCCGAGAAGGAUGGCUCAGGUGGGCUCGACGAACUAGAACCGCUCUCUCCGUCGACUAAUGUGACCGUGCGGAAUUUGUUUGGUUCUUGGAGUAACUGGACGACCUGCUCGCGCUCUUGUGGAGGAGGCGUUAAAACCCAGUAUCGCAGCUGCUGGAAACGAGAGUACAUUAAUGGUAAAAAGACCUCCAAGCCAUCCGUAGAAAGCUUCGAAUGCAUUGGAAUCAUCAAACGUUAUCAUCUGUGCAACGAACAGGAAUGCCCGAGCUCCGAUGGCGAUUUUCGCGAGCAGCAGUGUGCAAGUUUCAACAGCCAAACAUUUCAGGAUAAGCGCUACAUUUGGGAAGCAUUUGUAAAAGAGGAUGCAGAAUGCGAGCUAAACUGUAAACCAAUUGGUAUGCGCUAUUUUGCAACACUCAAUAAAACAGUCACAGAUGGAACGCCAUGCUCAAACCCAACUGAGUAUUUUCGUCGUAAUAACAGCGGACGAGGAAUUUGUGUCGAAGGAUUGUGUAAGGCCGUUCACAACAGUGGCGUCAUUUCGGGCACGUUCAUGAACAAUGGCGCCGUCCGGUGCGGAACGACCGUUUGCCGUCCCAUUUCCGGUAUCUACACGAAGACCAACCCCAACAAUGGUUACGUCCACGUGGCCACCAUCCCGGUCGGUGCAUCCAACAUCACGAUAACGGAGUUGCAGAACAGCCAGAACUAUCUCGCGCUAAAAACGACCGAUCAACGAUUUUUCAUCAACGGCGAUUACACGAUCUCGCUGAGCGGACAUUACAUCGCCGCUGGCACCGUGUUCGACUAUCGUCGUGUCGAUGGUCUGAACAACGGCUCCAACAGCAGCUUCCGGCACGUGGAGGGUGUGACCGAGUGGGUGACCGCACUUGGACCCACCAACGAGCCGGUGCAGGUGUUUCUGCUAUCACAAUCACCCAACCCAGGCAUUAAGUACGAGUACCUGCUACCAGUCAGCGUUAACCCGACCGAACCCUCAUCCCAGGAGGAACUUCCCAGUGCCGAAGCGGGAAAUGAAAUCUCGGAAAAGUCCAACCUACGCCUGCCAAAACAACGACUAGUGGGAGCAUCCACCAACUCCACGACUGGGCGAGUUGGACAACGCAAACGCAAGUACCUGUGGAAGGUGAUUGGAUUCAGCGCAUGCAGUAAAUCGUGUGGUGGCGGAAUCCAGCAACCCAUCAUCAAGUGUGUCCGCGAGUCUCCAACGCGCGUCUUUUCGGUCAAACGAUGUGCCCAUUUGCAGCAACCGGUGUUGAACGAGAACCUGCUGCGUUGUAACACGCAGCCAUGUCCCGCGUACUGGAAGCUAGGUGAAUGGGAGCAAUGCAACUGUGAGGAAAAGUACGACGAAGAGGUGUUCCGGACACGCGAAGUCAAAUGCGUCCAGGAGCUGUUGUCAGGCAUCGUCAUACAGGUCAGCAAUGGUGCCUGUAUGGAAGAGUUGCCAUCGAGCACGGAGAGAUGUGAGUGCUCGCGUGUGAUCAAACCAACUCCUCCGAGGACCGAAAAACCUCGCUAUCGUCCUACCGUGGAAUCAUCGCACCCGCAUGAGCAUCGUGGACAUCGGGGACAUCCACAUCAGCACCACGAACACCGUGGUUCUGGAGGACACGUGAGCAGUCACACUCAGAACGACAUGGAGACAGGACAGCAGUCGAAUGGAGGCUUCGUCGUUCCACACAGUCGCCAACGGGCUGACAUUAACCACAUUAACUACCGAGCGGAAGCGAAGAAAACAGGUGUUUGGUUGACUGCCAGCUGGAGCACUCGAUGUUCGACUAGCUGCGGUAUUGGCAUGCAGACCCGCUCCAUCUUCUGCGAUCGUAGUUCAUCGCUCAACUCCGAACGAUGUGAUCUGCGCAUGAUGCCGGAAACAUCCCGCGAGUGCACCAGCAACAGGGCGUGUGAGUUUGGGGAAUGGUUCGCAGGACCCUGGACACUGUGUUCCGGUGACUGCUUCAACUUGACGCGCUCCAGAACAGUGCUCUGCAUCCGGAAUGAUCAUUUUGCACCCGAAAGCGAAUGCGACGCUGAGAUACGACCCAAGGCGAUCGAGAACUGCGACUCUGAAUCUUUCGACGAGUGUAAACCUAGAUGGCACUUCUCCGAGUGGACUGAGUGUACCAAAUUGUGCGGUGGAGGCAACCAACGACGUGUGGUGAAGUGUUUAGAAUUCAACUUGCGCGAUAAACUGCUGCAGGAAUCUGGAGGCUGCCGUUACGCAGAUCGUCCAAUAUCCUACCGGGUGUGCAACGAAGAGUCCUGUCCAGUAUCCACCAUUCCUCCAUCAACUACGACGACAACGGCGGCUACUUCUUCAUCCUUCACGACACCAGUAUCCUCCUCGGUGUCCUCGGCGGACCCGUACUACGAGACGCGCUCGGACAUGAUGCCAAACGACGAAAACUGCCGGGACGAUUUUCCCAACUGCACGAUAGUGUUGAAGGCAAAGCUCUGCAACUACGCCUACUACAGCCAGGCGUGCUGUCAGAUGUGCCGAACGCGGCAGAACGAGCUGUACUAAAUUGACGGAGGCUGACAGCUUUUGCACCAAUCAUAACCGACACGAUGACGUGCAAAACCCGGGAAAAGCACCUUCCCACCAUGCGCCCGUUACUAACAAACUUUUUGCGGAAGAAAUUGUGCGGUCUUCUUUUGUGUUGGCAGGCAGGCCCCGAUUAAGUUUCAUUUAAUUUCCGCGUGUCGGCCAUGCCGUGCCAUCGGCUUUCUUAGAUUUGAGUUUUCCAGCGGGCAAACGACGAAGGACGAAACACACAGCACUCUGACAGUAUUUAUGUGAAGCGAGGACGCACAAUGGCAAGUCCCGCAAAGUCACCCACGAGGCUCUGAGGUUUUCUGUUGCUUUCAAAAGAAAAAGCAAGAAUGAGAUGUCGGAGGCAUUCGGCCUAUUAAUGAACUGUAUUAAACUCAUCACCGAUCACUAGUAUUAACUAACAGAAAACCAUUCAAGCGCAUGCAGUGUUCGCAUUCCCCCAAAGCGGUACACUCAGUUUCCAUAGCGUUUCCAUUACUUAGAUAACAAGAACCCCACGCAGGCAGGAUCGCGUAUUCUUUCGCUCCCAGCACGGGGGCACACUUAACACUUAUAGUUGGCUACGCUAACCUUUAUUUUCUUUAGAAUGUGGUCGUCGCGGAGCUGCACGUUGAGGCUGUUUGAUUUCACCGUACGGGAAAAGAAAGCAAACAAACAUGAACCGGUAGCCGAGGAUAGAUAUUUAUCAGUGAGGAUUAAUUACAAUUUCACAUCGUUACGCAUCAAAGAGAGAAACCAUUAUUGUUAGUAAGUAUUUGCGAAUAAUAAAAUCAAGAAAACUGCAGCGACAAAAAAAGGCAGACAGGUAAAUGAAUUUUCCAUCACUGUAACUAUAACAUAGAUCUCCCUCUU